UCCUCCUGGCUGCAUUACAUCGUGCGGCUCUAUCCUCCUGGGCGGAUCGGAGCAGAACGCUCACACAUCCUGCGUGCUUAACUUGAUCUGCCAGUACAUGUUACACGUGACGAUCAGCGCCCCUCAUUAUACUGACCGGCACAGUCCUUCUAAGCGGAUCGGAGUGGAAGGCUGUCUCUCUCUAUCACUGACAGUUUGUCUGGCUGCACUCACUGCCGCGGGCUGCUUUCGCUAUUGCUGCAGCAAGCAUGAGCCACUUGCUGUUGUUUGUGCAGUUUGUGGACUUCAUCAUAACAAGAACAAUCAUAUAUUUUGAUUUAUUGGUGGUAAGCAAGACUGCCUAGUGGCUCUAUUAUAGAGUAGUGGUGGAUUGACAUGGAACUUGUAGUUCACUUGUAGUUCAUCCUUUGAUUUAGAAGCUGCUUUGAUGGAUUUGGUGAGUUAAUCCAGUGGUUUAUUCACCAGACUGAUUCAGCGUUCUGCAACACACGUCAGACAGUGUGCAGUUACUGCACUGAGUACUUUUUCGUGGCUUUAACCUUCUUUUUAACACCAAGGAUGCCCUGUGAUAUUUCUCAUCCGUGCAUCUUUCUUUCACUCUUAAUUUGCACAUCUGGUACUUUUUCUCAUUCAUGUGUCUUGCUUUCCCUUUAAAUGCGCAUUUUAUGGCAUUUGUGUAUCUGUUUUGUUUGUAUAUUUGCUUUAGUUUGAUGAAAGUGUGAUCGUAAUGCAAAAUGUACAAUAAUGAUGUGACUAUAAUUUUGUGCAAAUCUAACUUGUCCAAUGACUUUCCAAGGACACGUCAAAAUUAUUUAAUGUCUAACGCCUCUAGCUUUUAAUGUUAUUGUGUAUUAACAUGCAUAAAUGUUUGAAUGUUGGACAGUUGUUCUAACGGUAACUUGUCAAACCUACUGUAGGUGGGUCAGUACAGAUACACUAAUUUGUAAACUGUAACUGUAAAAGAAGCUCUGAGCUAUUCUAUGUCUUGAAAAUAUUAUUGGAUUAGUUUUACUAAUUCAAAACUGUAUAAAUCAGAUUAAUCCAGUCUAUGAAUAUUUAAAUAGUGGGUGGGUCAAAAAGUGAAUAAUCAAAUCUCAUUCUGAAUGGGUAGUCGCUACUCUUUCUGCAAGUAUAAAACAGGGUCAUGUCAGUGAUGAGUGCAGGAGGCCAAACUGACAAGCAUCCUCGAACAGAUUUGGAAUAGUUCUCUGAUGAAGCACAGAGUCUACUCUAUAUUGUUCUAUCACCAAAAUGUCUAUCUGGGGAGCGACACAUACGGACAAUGAAUCAAUCCACUACUGCUUUCCAAAUAACAAUUUAUCUUGUACCAGAAAUGUAAAACCUGGAGCAGAGUACAUUUUUGUGUACAUAUUCAUUUCUACAAUAUCAGUAUUUACUGUGUUUCUGAACUUGUUGGUGAUCAUUUCCAUCGCUCACUUCAAACAGCUCCACACUCCAACCAAUGUGCUGAUCUUCUCUCUGGCAGUGGCUGAUCUGAUCGUGGGACUGAUUCUUAUGCCAGUACAGGGCAUCAAAUUGAUUGAGCCAUGUUGGUACUUUGGAGAGAUAUUUUGUUCAAUAUUUCCUUUUAUUUUCUAUGUGGUUGUUACGGCAUCUCUUGGUAAUUUGAUUAUUAUAUCUGUGGAUCGUUACAUUGCUGUGAAUGACCCUUUGCGAUAUCCAGCAAGAGUCAAUAUCAACAGAGCAGUUCUUUCUAUUGUUGUAAACUGGGUAUUUUCCUGCAUAUAUUCUUUUUUCCUUUUGUACGAGUCAAUAAUUUAUCCAGAGAAAAAUCAUACAUGUGUUGGAGAAUGUAUACUUUUUAUUAAGUUGGGAUAUAUCAUAACAGAUGUUAUAGUUACUUUAGUAACACCGUGUUGUUUAAUCAUUUCUUUAUAUAUGAAAAUCUGCUUCGUAGCAAAACAUCAAGCUGAGCAUAUAAAUUCUCUCUUAGACAAAAAAGCCAAAUCAGAAAAAAAGGCUGCAAGAACCUUGGGGGUUGUUGUCACGGUUUAUCUUCUUUGUUGGAUACCAUAUUAUAUAGCUGCUCUUACGCUUGGGCAGGACACAGGUGACUCUCUUGUAAUUAACAUAAUGUAUUGGAUUUUAUGCACAAAUUCAUGCUUGAAUCCACUUAUUUAUGCAAUGUUUUAUAGAUGGUUUCGAAUAUCAGCAAAAUACAUUUUGACUCUGAAAAUAUUUGAACCUUCAUCAGAAUACUUCAACCUGUUCUUGCAAGAUAAAUGAAUUUAUGGUUAUCUUAUGGUGUUGCACGACUGUAAAGCCUCUGUAAAGCACACAUAAGAGGGAAAAGGUUCAUGCAAAAAUGUAUUCACCCUUACGCUGUUCCAAAAU